AUGGGCAUUACAGAGACCGGCGGCGAGUCGUCGGCGAGAAAGUUACGACGCAACGUACCAACGCCGAUCGAAUCUUUGGACGCUGACCUACUAUGCACCGUAUUCUCUUUUCUCAAUUUAUUCGACCUCGUUCACUGUACCGUCGUCUGCAAUUCCUGGAAUGCUGUAAUCAAGAGGCUGAAGCUGAUACAAGCUUCAUGCAGGAAGAUGCAUCAGCUGGGUUACACGUCACUGGAUCGACCAGCUGAGAUAGACCUGGAGGAUUUCGCAAUGAAGCAUCACAAGAUGGCUUUACUAAGGGGUCGAAUCGAUAUUGAGCGAUGGGAAGCUCAUUCACACAGAUUUUCUCAGUGUCGAAUGAAGAAGGGUUUGCUUCUUACUGGUGUAGGUGAUAAGGUUAUGCGUCUCUGGUCAUUAAACAGCUACAAAUGCAUAGAGGAAUACUCCCUUCCUGAUGCUGCUUCCUUGAUCGACUUCGAUUUUGAUGAGAGUAAGAUUGUUGGCUUGGUUGGUACCCGCAUUAGCAUAUGGAGGAGAAAUGGACAAAGAAGCAUCUUUCCAUCUCGUCAAGGCACGAUUCCUAGGGGACUUUGUAUGCGUUACAUUGACCCAGAAGCUAUAGUUGGAUGCGAGGAUGGAACAGCUCGAGUGUUUGAUAUGUACAGUAAAACAUGUUCACAGAUCAUUAGGACUCACGGUGGGCCAAUAACGUGCUUAUCUUUGAGCGACAAUCAAAUAUUUCUUAGCGGGUCUUCGCUCGGGAGAGUAACAGUGUCUGACCCUUUGCUGGAUCAACCAGUGGCUACUCUUAAAUCCACGAUAACUGCAGGAGGUAUACAAACCAUCUGUUUUAACCUAGGCUCCAAUCUCGCCUUCUCCGGAACAACUGCUGGAUAUGUUUCAUGCUGGGACCUCAGGAAAAUGAGCCAGUUGUGGGAAAAACGAGUGAGCCCUAACGUCGUGUACUCGAUACAACAGUUUAGGAAUGAUGCGUCGGUAAUGGUUGCUGGUGGAAUAGACGGUGUGCUGCGAGUGAUUGAUCAGAAGAGUGGUCGAGUUCUAUCUAGCUGUGUGAUGGACGAUAAGGUCUCAACAGCUCCGAGAAGGAACAACCAAGUGGUGGUGGAGAAAAGGAGAGGAAACAGAGUUUCUGAAGACACUGAAAUUGAUAACAUCGAAAGGAAAACUCGGCCUCAGAUCAGCUGCUUAGCAAUGGGAAUGAAGAAAGUAGUAACAGCUCACAGUGGUAAAUUCAUAAGCGUAUGGAAAUUCAAUCACUCGUGA